GCGGUUUCCGGCUUGGCUGCCGGGCUGAGGCACAGGUUGCCCGGCUGCGCUCCGAACCCUCCUGGGACCAGCCGGGUGGAGAGGGGUGGCAGGGCAUCCUCUGGUCAGGGACAUUGGUUUCCAGGAGAAGCAGGUGGAUGUGUACAGUGAAUAAGGUGUCUGAAGAAAGCAAGAAUCAUGGAAGGUCAUAAAUACAACUAUCCAAGAGAAUUUUAUGAUCAAUAUGCUCAAAGCCAAGAAAAAUCUGUGGUCAAUAAAAUGCAACAGAAAUACUGGAAAACAAAACAAACCCUUAUAAAAGUUACAGGAAAAAAGGAAGAUGAACAUGUUGUGGCUUCAGAUGCAGAUCUGGAUGCAAAACUAGAGCUGUUCCAUUCUAUUCAGAGAACAUGUAUGGAGUUGCUGAAAGCAAUUGAACUGUAUCAAAAAAGGAUUUGUUUUCUGUCUCAGGAAGAAAAUGAAUUGGGGAAAUUUCUUCGAUCACAGGGUUCUCAGGAUAAAACAAGAGCAGGAAAAAUGAUGCAAGCUACAGGAAAGGCCCUCUGCUUUUCUUCUCAGCAAAGAUUAGCACUCCGUGCUCCUCUCAGUAGAUUGUAUCAAGAAGUGGAGACUUUCAGAUACAGGGCCAUCUCAGACACCUGGCUGACAGUGAACAGAAUGGAGCAGUAUCGGACUGAAUACAGAGGAGCUCUACUCUGGAUGAAAGAUGUGUCUCAGGAGCUGGAUCCAGAUCUUUAUAAGCAGAUGGAAAAGUUCAGGAAGGUUCAAGCACAAGUGCGACAUGCAAAACUCAACUUUGACAAACUGAAGACUGAUGUCUGUCAAAAAGUGGAUCUUCUGGGAGCCAGCAGAUGCAACCUCCUUUCUCAUGUGUUAACAACAUAUCAGACAACACUGCUUCAUUUCUGGGAAAAAACUUCACACACAAUGGCAGCCAUCCAUGAAAGUUUCAAAGGUUAUCAGCCAUAUGAAUUCACUAUGUUAAAGAGCUUGCAAGAUCCUGUGAAUAAACUAACAGAAAAAGCAGAAAAGGAGAACCAGGAGACUGAGAGCACCAAUUCAGUGGAAGAUCAGCAGAGUCAGUUGAUUUCAUUAGAUGACGAGAGCCAUACCAAGGAAUCGAACUAUUCAGCUGAUGGUGGCAAGGAUGUCAUCUCCACGUUACAAGGACAUUGUAACCACGAACAGAACUCAGGUGCUAUAGAUGAGUUAUUAGACCUGCAACCUGAAGAAAAUGCUUCAAAGGAAAAGUUUGUGAGAUCCUUGGAGCCAGAACUUGGUGAUAAAGAUGACAUGGUAUUGCUAAAUGAGAUCCUCAACGCCUCCUCCCUGGAUGAGGGGGAAUUCAGCAAAGAGUGGACAGCUGUUUUUGGACAGGCUGCUGAUCUCACCAUGAACCCUUCAGCUAGAGAUGGGGAAAACACUUCAUUGUCUGCAAUACCAGCACCAUCAGGCUACUUACCCUCACAGCUGCUAGACCAAAACAUGAAUGACUUGCAGUCAUCCUUGCACGGAUGGGCAGCCAGCAGUGUGAGCCCACCAUCAAUACCACAGCCAGCACAGAAACCACACAGCCAGAAUGUGAGUGAUGGGAAGACGCCUGUGAAAGAAUCUACAAAGAAUCCUAAAGACUUGACUGCUUGGUUCAGUCUCUUUGCUGACCUUGACCCAUUAUCCAAUCCUGAUGCUGUUGGGAAAACUGAUAAAGAACAUGAAUUGCUUAAUGCAUGAGUCAGCUGCCUCUGGUUCUGGACAUACACUGUCCAGGAAGUCCAGGAACUUCGGCUAUUUCCUCCCAGCUGAGUUGCCUCAAAUCUGUGUUUUCAUUUGUGCUGUAUUUUGCACAGCAAGGCAGGCUGUUUUACAACAGUAAUUGAUGGAAACUUCUCCUAGUUAUCUCCAAACUGCUUGGCUUGUACCUCAAGUAAUGUCUGAAGGUCCCAUUCCACUACCCUGGAGGAAGGCCAGGGUAACAGGAGGUGGUUUUGCUAAGCCUCGAUGGCGUUUGCUUACAACUGAAUAAAUUAGACAUGUUGGCUGA